ACCUCGUGUUGAUAUCUGGGGGCCUUGGUAACACACUACAUCAAGACAAGUGAAGAUGGCGGAUGUGUUGAGUGUUCUCCGUCAGUAUAACAUCCAGAAAAAAGAAAUCGUCGCUAAAGGAGAUGAAGUAAUAUUUGGAGAGUUCUCCUGGCCGAAAAAUGUCAAGACCAACUACAUCAUCUGGGGUACUGGUAAAGAGGGCCAGCCCAAAGAGUACUACACUUUGGACUCUAUCUUGUUCUUGCUCAACAAUGUGCAUCUCCCGCAUCCAUCCUAUGUUCGAAGAGCGGCAACAGAGAACAUCCCUGUUGUCAGAAGACCUGAUCGAAAAGGCUUGCUGUCAUAUCUCAACGGCGAGAGUUCUACAUCGACGAGCAUCGAUAGAAGUGCACCUAUAGAAAUAGGUUUGCAAAGGCCAACGCAAGUGAAAAGAGCAGCUGAUGAAGUCUCCUCUGAAGCCAAAAAACCGAGGAUUGAGGAUGAGGAGCGAGUGCGUCUGGAUAAGGAGCGUCUGGCUGCCCGUCUGGAGGGCCACAAGGAGGGAAUCGUGCAGACUGACCAGAUCAGAUCUCUGUCUGAAGCCAUGUCCGUGGAGAAGAUUGCAGCCAUCAAAGCCAAAAUCAUGGCCAAGAAACGUUCCACCAUCAAAACAGAUCUGGAUGACGACAUCACCCUGAAGCAGAGAAGCUUUGUGGACGCUGAGGUGGAUGUCACCAGAGACAUUGUCAGCAGAGAGAGGGUGUGGAGAACUAGGACCACCAUUCUGCAGAGUACUGGAAAGAACUUCUCGAAGAACAUUUUUGCCAUCCUCCAGUCAGUGAAAGCCAGAGAGGAAGGACGAGCACCGGAGCAGAGACCAGCACAGAACACCACUCAAACGGACCCAUCCUUAAGGAACAAGCAGCCUGUCCAAGCUGCUUACAACAGAUACGAUCAGGAGCGAUUCAAAGGAAAAGAAGAAACGGAGGGUUUCAAGAUCGACACCAUGGGCACGUACCACGGCAUGACCCUGAAGUCAGUGACGGAAGGAGCAUCUGCUCGAAAGGCCCAGACCCCUGCUCUUCAGCCUGUCCCACGCCCAGUGUCACAAGCCAGACCUCCGCCAAAUCAGAAAAAAGGUUCCCGGACACCCAUCGUCAUCAUCCCUGCCGCCACCACCUCACUCAUCACGAUGCUCAAUGCUAAAGAUCUCUUGCAGGAUCUAAAGUUUGUCACCCCAGAGGAGAAGAAGAAGCAGGGCAACCAGCGAGAUAAUGAGGUUCUGCUCCAAAGACGCAAAGAUCAGAUCCAGCCCGGUGGAGCGACUCUGAGCGUCACUGUGCCAUACCGAAUCAUAGACCAGCCACUAAAACUUGCUCCACAGGACUGGGAUCGAGUGGUGGCCGUGUUUGUGCAGGGUCCUGCCUGGCAGUUUAAAGGCUGGCCAUGGCUGCUGCCUGAUGGAUCUCCAGUGGACAUUUUUGCCAAAAUCCGAGCCUUUCAUCUGAAGUACGAUGAGGCAAAGAUUGACCCAAACGUGCAGAAGUGGGAUGUGACCGUUCUGGAGUUGAGCCGCCACCGCCGCCAUCUGGACCGGCCCGUCUUCCUGCGCUUUUGGGAAACCCUCGACAGAUACAUGGUCAAACACAAAUCUCACCUCAGGUUCUAAGAAAAGAUCACGGCCUCCAUCCCUGGAAAUCCUGCUGAUGAAUUGUGAAACCCUCCAACUCUCCUCCUCGUACUCCUGCAGAGGUGGCUCCUGUUCUCCAAGCUGCCACCCAGAUUUCUUCCACAUGAUCAUUUUAGCAGGAGGAGGAGGAGGAGGGAUGAUCCAGCAGACUUCUUCUUGGACUCCUGAUGUGCUGGGAAUGUUGCUCUGGACACCAGGGAGAAGGUUUAUGACUUUCAUUUUUGUUGUAAUUUUUUUCUAAUGAUUUCAUGUAGUAAACAUAAAUACCAAAAUGUUUUAUAUAAAAAAACAUACUUUGGAAACAUUCAGCUGAGAGAGUAACAUGCUGGGGUUUGAAGAAGAGAUGGGUUGCAUUUUUGUGGAGUAUUUGUCAGUGAAUUUAACUCAGAUAUGUUAAGACUGAGAGGAAAUGGGGAAAUGACUCUUGGUACACAAAUACGUUUUCAGGAGAGACUUCCUUUACACAUAAUUUUUUUUCUUUCGGGUGUUUUUGGUCUGAAUGUACAUAAAUGUAUGUUAAUACUAAAGAAAAACUACUCUGACUCAGUACAAUGAUCUCAGUCAGGCAGUCUGUUCCUAGCUCAGUUUCUGACAGAUCAGCACAUGUUAUGGUCAUACAAUGACCUUGUUUAAGUCUUCUUUUCUUCUUUGUUGGUGUUGUGCUAGAGGAGACAAAAUGGAAGGUAUUUCUUUAAGGCAUCACAUUGAAAUAGACAAUAAAGCCUCAGAGAAAAAAAA